AUGAUCGGAUCCUUUACAUGGGAGAUCGAAGAGCUCAUCCAGGAACAGGCCCCCCUGAUCGACUCUUCGUCCCAGCAGCUGUCCGAUCCCAAGUGCUCUUGUGGGUCCACACUGCCUGUUUUUCCUGUCAUCCUGGAGUUAACCGCACCAUAUCGUUCCUGCAAGGGUAAUUCUGCCUGCCCACCCUCAUCAAGGACUCAACCGCUUCCCACGCCUGGCCUACCUGGGUCUCACAUUUCUCUGGAUUUCAUCACUGGACUGCCGCCAUCUGCAGGUAACACCACAAUAUUAACCAUUGUUGAUCGCUUCUCCAAAGCUGCCCAUUUCGUAGCGUUCCCAAAGCUCCCUACGGCCCUGGAGACGGAAACUACUCACCACAUGUUUUUCGGCUUCAGGGCAUUCCUGUGGACAUUGUCUCGGAUCGGGGUCCUCAGUUCACGUUGCGGGUGUGGAAGGAGAUUUGCUCUGCCAGAGGUGCCAAGGUCAGCCUCUCCUCCGGCUUCCACCCACAAAGUAACCGCUAAACGGAGCACAUUAACCAAGAGUUGGAGGCUGCCCUCUGCUGCGUUGCCUCUCAUAAUCAGGCCAUCUGGAGCGAACACCUGCCAUGGAUCGAGUGCCGUCGAGCCUGGCGAGCUACUCGAGUGGUGUUACUCCGGACCAAGGACCAUAAUAAAGCACUCACAGAUUGCCACCAGACAGCCGCCCCUGAGUAUGUGGUGGGGCAGAAGGUCAAGCCAGUGCUCUCCAGCCCGUUGUGCCCUCCUUCCAGGCCCCCGCUGCCCCCCCGGCUCGUGGAUGGCCAGCUGGUUUACAACAUCACCUGCAUCAUGGACUCCCGACGCCAGGGUAGGGGAUUUCAGUACCUGGUUGAUUAGGAGGGCUACGGGCUAG